UUGAAUCGCGUGCCGCUCUUGCUGCUCGUGCCGGCUGCUCAAACCAGCAGCCUUUAGACAAGACUGCGGCACAGGCAUGGAGCGUUAGCAUAGCGAGCCGAGCUUCGAGUAAGCCGUCCACUCUUCGCGACAAAACGCCUGGUCGCGAGGUGAAAAAAGAUGGCGUGGCUCUUCGCGAACGAAGGCAAAGGGCUGGCGCAUGACAACCUCGCCGAGCCGGUCAAGGAGCUCUCGGAGAAAUGGAAGCUGCUGCCGGCUUUCCUCAAAAUGCACGGCCUGGUGCGGCACCACAUCGACUCCUUCAACCACUUCAUCAACGUCGAGAUCAAGGAGAUCAUGCGCGCCAACGAGCGCAUCACGAGCGACGCGGACCCGAGUUUCUACCUCAAGUACUUGGACAUCCGCGUGGGUAAGCCCAACGUUGAGGAGGACUUCACGGUCGGCCAGUCGACGACGCCGCAUGAAUGCCGACUGCGGGACAUGACCUACUCGGCGCCGAUCGUGGUGGACAUCGAGUACACCCGCGGACAGGAGCGCGUGCAGCGGUCGGACUUCCCGAUCGGCCGCAUGCCCAUCAUGCUGCGCAGCGCAAACUGCGUGCUGGCCAACAAGACCCACUUUGAGAUGGCCAAGCUGCAGGAGUGCCCUUACGAUCCCGGCGGCUAUUUCGUGGUGAACGGCGUCGAGCGCGUCAUACUGAUGCAGGAGCAGCUCUCCAAGAACCGCAUGAUUGUCGAGGAGGACCGCAAGAACGGAGUCAUGUGUCAGGUCACCAGUUCCACGCAUGAGCGGAAAAGCCGCACCGUGGUUGGUGUCAAGCACGGCCGCUACAUCCUCAAGCACAACUGUUUCACGGAGGACAUCCCGGUGGGCAUUGUGUUCAAGGCCAUGGGCCUGGAGUGCGACCAGGGCAUUGUGCAGAUGAUCGGCACCUCCGAAGCCGUCCAGGCAGCCAUCGCUCCAUCCCUGGAGGAGUGCCACCGCGCCAAGGUGUUCACGCAGACCCAAGCUCUACAGUACCUUGGCGGCAGGCUCAAGCACCGACGUAUGUUCUUUGGGGGAGGAGCUGGCGGCGGUGGCAGUCAGCGCAAGUCCGUCAUCGACGAUGCGAGGGACAUUCUCGCUACCACCGUGCUGGCUCAUGUUCCGGUUGAGGAUUUCAACUUCCGUAUCAAGUGCUUCUACCUUGCCAUCAUGGUGCGAAGAGUCAUCGAUGCCCAGUCCAACAAGGAGUUGCUCGAUGACCGCGACUACUAUGGCAACAAGAGGCUCGAGCUCGCCGGCUCGCUGCUGUCGCUCCUGUUUGAAGACCUUUUCAAGCGUUUCAAUGCGGAGCUCAAGCUUGUUGCCGACAAGACAAUCCCAAAGGUCCGGGCAACCCAAUUUGAUGUGAUCAAGUAUAUCCGGCAAGACCUGAUCACCCAUGGACUGUGCAUGGCCAUUUCGACGGGAAACUGGACUGUCAAGCGGUUCAAGAUGGAACGCAUUGGUGUCACACAGGUGCUGACAAGGCUCUCCUACAUCUCUGCCCUUGGCAUGAUGACAAGGGUCAACAGCCAGUUUGAGAAGACCCGGAAGGUGUCCGGUCCCCGGUCACUUCAGCCGUCCCAGUUUGGCAUGCUCUGCCCCAGUGACACUCCCGAAGGUGAGGCUUGCGGUCUGGUCAAGAAUCUGGCCCUCAUGACCCACAUCACCACUGACAUAGACGAGGCGUUCAUAAUGCGUCUACUACGGAACCUUGGUGUGGAAGACCUCCAACUCCUCAGCGGUGAAGAGCUCUCCGAUCCGUCGGUGUACCUAGUCUUUCUCAACGGCAACAUACUGGGUGUCAUCCAAGACCACGUUCGUCUUUUGAAGACACUCCGCCUUCUUCGUCGGUCGGGCUACUUGUCUGAGUUCGUCUCCCUGCACACUAGCAACUUGCAGCGUUGUGUCUACGUCUCGGCUGACGGUGGUCGAAUGUGCCGGCCGUACAUCAUCGUCGAUAAGGGACGCCCCAAGCUGACCACUGCGCACCUUGAAGACCUCACAAGGGGGCUCCUGUUCUUCAAUGACCUCGUUCGCAGGGGCAUCGUCGAGUUCCUCGACGUCAACGAGGAGAACGACAGCCACAUCGCGCUUCGUGAGAGGGACAUCACCUUGCAGACGACGCACCUCGAGAUCGAGGCCUACAGCCUGCUCGGAGUGUGUGCGGGAAUCAUUCCAUACCCGCACCACAACCAGUCACCACGGAACACGUACCAGUGUGCCAUGGGCAAGCAGGCAAUGGGCACCAUUGGUCUCAACCAGCGCAGCAGGAUAGACUCGCUUAUGUACCUCCUCGUCUACCCACAUCGGCCAAUGGUCAAGACCAAGACCAUCGAGCUCAUUAACUUUGAAGAUCUGCCAGCUGGCCAGAACGCGACCGUGGCUGUUGUGAGCUACAGCGGAUACGAUAUAGAGGACGCCAUCGUCAUGAACCGGUCAUCCAUUGAUCGUGGCUUUGGCCGGUGCCAGGUGUACAGAAACCAGAAGUGCGUCAUCAAGAAGUACGCAAACCAGACCAGUGACAAGGUGAUGGGACCACUCGUGGACAGCACCAACAUGAUGCCAGUGUGGAAGCACGAAGCCCUUGACGCUGAUGGCAUUGCACGCCCCGGCUCCCGAGUAGAGAAUCGGCAGGUUCUCAUCAACAAAUGGGUUCCUGCAGCCACUGUCACACCUGCCCAGCCUGGGCAGCCAGCACAAGCGGAGCACAAGGAGGUUCCUGUGAGUUACAAGGGACUGGAACCAGUGUAUGUGGAGAAGGUGCUCAUCACCUCCAACACGGAGGAGUCGUUUUUGAUGAAGCUGCUGCUUCGGCAGACGCGCCGUCCCGAGAUCGGCGACAAGUUCAGCAGCCGCCACGGCCAGAAGGGCGUGGUGGGCCUCAUCGCGCAGCAGGAGGACAUGCCUUUCAACGACCAGGGCAUCUGCCCCGACCUGAUCAUGAACCCGCACGGGUUCCCCUCCCGUAUGACGGUCGGCAAGCUCAUCGAGCUGCUCGCGGGCAAGGCAGGCGUUCUCAACGGGAAGUUCCACUAUGGUACGGCCUUCGGCGGAUCCAAGGUGCAAGACGUGGGUGAAGAGCUGAUCCGGCGUGGCUUCCACUACCAGGGCAAGGACUGCCUGACCUCGGGCAUCACGGGGGAGCCUCUGUCGGCGUACAUCUACAUGGGCCCCAUCUACUACCAGAAGCUGAAGCACAUGGUCAUGGACAAGGUGCACGCCCGAGCGCGGGGUCCUCGGGCUGUGCUCACGCGGCAGCCCACCGAGGGUCGGUCACGUGAGGGCGGACUGCGGCUGGGUGAGAUGGAGCGCGACUGCCUCAUCGGACACGGCGCCAGCAUGCUGCUUCUUGAGCGGCUCAUGCUAUCCAGCGAUGCCUGUGAGGUGGAUGUCUGCCGAACGUGUGGCCUGCUGGGCUACUCGCACUGGUGCCACUUCUGCCGCUCGUCGAGUGCCAUCGCUACCCUGCGCAUCCCGUAUGCCUGCAAGCUACUCUUUCAGGAGCUGCUCUCCAUGAACAUCAUCCCGAGGCUGGAGCUCACGAGCCAUUGCAGUAACCGCAGCUUCGCCUCCACCAAGCAUUGAUGGACCCUUGUGUGCUGCCGUCAUCUGUUCAAUGUUCCAUCAGGAAUUGGCGGUCUGUUGUGUCACCAACAGCUUGAAUCUGUCACCACCACUGGACGUUCACUGCCAGAUUCAAUGAGCUCCACUGACUCUUGUGUCUUCAACCCAAGAUGCCGGCUCUUCAAACAACAUUGGAACUUGCAAAAAGUUUGUUGUGAUCCGAGCUGGCGAGACUUGAAUAUGCGAGAGAUGCCUGGCUCAUUGCAACACGUCUCAGCUGUGAGAGCUGUUGUGUGGAUUUUUGACUGGACAGGAGUGGUGUGCAAACCUGGUUCGGAGUUUAAGUUUGACGAAUGAGGAGAUACCUAAUAACAAGAAAAUGUGCCCUCUGUGAUUUACAUUUGCACCGUGGCGAAUCCUUUGCUUCAGCUGUCCAUGAGUAAAUUGUGUUUCUACUGAUGCUAAUGGAGAAGCCGUUCAUGCGAAAGCACUUUAGUGUCUAUGACAUUCGAGAUGAGAACUUGUCAUUGAUGUUGAAGGUGGUUAAAGCUUCUAUUGUAAUGCCACAACGUUGUUCUGCAAAUAUGGUUUUUCUUGUUUUGUAAUGCACAAGUAUGCAAAUGUGCAUGCAGCUCGCAGCUGUUUCAAUUGUAUAACCUGACGCAAUUGUCUGACAGAUUGUUUGCAUAUUCAGAUAAUGUAUACGCAGAUUGGAAUAUAUUUCUUUAUUUCCAGAAAGGCCUUUGGUUUGCUUCUGAAAGAUGUAUUCGGAUUAGUUUUCAACUAGCUGUUUGAGAUGAUGUAGAUUAGUGCACACUAAGCGGAGAUGCUAUAAUGCAGUGCCAUUUAUUUUUCUAUUGUCACUUUUGUCCAAUUUCAUCAGAACAGCUUUGAGCAGUUUCUACACCAAUAAGAAACGGAGGCAAGGCUA